GCAGCGCUGGCCGCGGGUAGCUUACCAGUGGCAGCGCUCCCGGGGCCGGCGGCGUCCAGCAUGAGACCGGAGCCACGAGUCGCGGCCGUUCGUGAGGUGCCCGCCGAGGAGGAGGACGACGACUAGCAACGUCCCGACCGAACGCUUCCAGGGACAGGAGCCGAUAGAUGGAGAGGAUGGCUGGGGGGCAAUGGAGCGGCUGGUUGCAACGCUGUCGCGAAUCACGAAGUCUAGUCCUCGUGAUCGUCGCCAUAGCCUUGUUACUAGACAAUAUGCUACUCACUACCGUCGUGCCAAUCAUCCCCGAGUUCCUUUAUGACAUGAAACAUCCAAACUCAACCCUGAGCGAACAUCUCGAAGGAGCGGAACACCACACAUCCAAGAUGACCACGACAACAAUAACACCAACAGCACCUGGUUGCUCUUGUGCUUCAAACGCUUCCAACAAUUCACCUUUGGAGUUUAUUCUAUCUACAGCGGUUACCUCCAUUGAAACUACAACGAUUAAUCAGACGGUUGUUGAGGCGUUGGAAAAAAAAGAAAGACAUCGAGAACUUAUAGAAGAGACAGUAGCUGUUGGUAUGAUGUUUGCUUCAAAAGCCUUUGUUCAACUCUUAGCAAAUCCAAUAGUGGGACCCCUAACACACAAGAUUGGUUAUAGUAUUCCUAUGUUUACUGGAUUUAUUAUAAUGUUUUUGUCUACUUUGAUCUUUGCUUUUGGUCGAAGUUACGGAAUACUCUUUUUAGCUCGUGCACUUCAAGGCAUUGGAUCUUCUUGCUCUAGUGUUUCGGGUAUGGGGAUGCUAGCCGAGCGUUAUCAGGAUGAUAAAGAGCGAGGGAAUGCCAUGGGAAUAGCCCUUGGAGGACUGGCCUUGGGUGUCCUUAUUGGGCCACCUUUUGGUGGACUAAUGUAUGAAUUUGUAGGGAAGUCCGCGCCUUUCCUUGUACUAUCAGCUUUGGCCCUUGGUGAUGGAGUACUCCAAUUGUUAAUGCUCCAGCCGUCGGUUGUUUAUACAGAAGCGGAGCCACCGAGUUUAAAAUCCCUAGUUACCGAUCCUUACAUCAUUCUCGCCGCAGGUGCAAUAACUUUUGCAAAUAUGGGCAUCGCCAUGUUAGAGCCAAGUUUACCAAUUUGGAUGAUGGAUACCAUGAGCGCGAGCAGAUGGAAACAAGGCGCCACAUUUUUACCCGCUAGUAUAAGUUACCUAAUUGGCACGAAUCUUUUUGGGCCCCUUGGGCACAAAAUGGGCAGAUGGUUGGCCGCGCUUAUCGGUCUUGUCGUUAUUGGUUUCUGUUUAAUGUGUAUACCCUUAGCAAAAAGUAUCGACCAUUUGAUUAUACCAAACGCAGGAUUAGGAUUCGCUAUUGGCAUGGUAGAUAGUUCGAUGAUGCCUGAACUUGGUUAUCUUGUGGAUAUCAGACACAGUGCAGUAUAUGGAAGUGUUUAUGCAAUCGGUGACAUAGCUUUCUGUCUCGGCUUUGCAAUUGGUCCGGCACUAAGUGGAACUUUGGUUAAUACUAUUGGUUUUGAAUGGAUGCUUUUUGGAAUUGCUGUUUUAAAUUUUAUUUAUGCACCAUUUAUGUAUUUCUUGAAAGCACCACCUACAAAAGAGGAGAAAAAAUCUUUAAUUGUCGGGGAAAAAUCAUCAGUACGUUACGUGACAUAUGAAAAUGAAGAAGAGGAGCAGUAGAUAUGAAUUUUUUUAAUUAUUAAACGAAUAUU